UUCUUUCGCGCUAAAGCUUUAAAAAGCAUUCUAAAUUAAUGAAUCUGUAAGAAUCGGUCAGUUACGCAUUGAUGGCCAUCCCUCUAGGGCUAGUUGGCUCUUCUCUUAGGCGUGUAAGCGAUUGGCCCGGAAGUCAUUCUGGUCUGCAGGACAUGCAUUCAUUCUGUUUUGACGCACGGAACGGAAGUCGGGAUAGCGGAUUCAGCCAGUACAAUAUGACGACCCAUUGCAAACAACUAGAAGAACCAAGAAUGCAAAGAAAUCUACGCGCGAUGUAACCUUGCAUAUAUGAAAACAUGCGACAACAUACAGGAGUCAGUACAAGAAGUUUGGUUGAGUCGGAUGCGCACAUAGAAAAAAAAAGCCUGUUUCGUCAUUGCUUUCGGUCACAGCAGCUGCUGGCGUAGGACAACAUGAAACGCUCCCAAAUUUCUGUCCUUAGUCGAGGCGGGACAGGUAAAUGUGUCUUGUGUGGACGACGCGAGGGGACCAAUGCGCUUUCCAAAGUGAAAUUGUUCCAGUUUCCACCGAUGGGCGAACCGCGACGUGCGCUGUGGCUGAACCGUUGCGGACUUCAACCGGAAGCACUGCCUUCGCGCGCCAAGAUUUGCAACGUUCACUUCGUAUCUGGCCAGCCGAUUAAUAACGAACAAGAUAUAGAUUUCUCACCGUCGCUCCAGCUUGUACAAUCUUCUCCUGCGACCCGAACUCCCUUAGUAAAAUCGAGGCAAAAUCUGCCUAAUGAAGCAUAUUCGUCCCUCGGAGAUCUCAGCUCAUCCGUGAUUUUCCGGGACGUAAAAUGCAGAGGGCUUGAAAAUACGGUCACUCAUGGUGAUUAUCAUUCGAAAACGACACGAAAACUGCUUUCUGGUCAAGGUUCUUCAGAAUCGUCUUCGACCAAUUCUAUCUGCGUUGGAAAAAUCAAAACAAAUAUGACGAAAGCAAAUAAUCGAAUUCAAAAGGACAGUUGGAAUUCAGACAGCGAUAAUGCAGAAGACGAUUCCCUACUAUUUGAGGACGAAUGCCCCCGCGAAGAUUGCCAGCGUCAAGCUCAACAUAUGGUCGAGCUCCUUGUCCGAGUCGGAAUACUUGAGCGGACCGUGUGCGAUCUUCGACACAACCUUCAAGAUAAGGAAAAGGAGAUUGCGUCUCUACUAAUACAAAUGAGAAAGCCACUUAUCGAAAAGACGGAGCGGCAACAGAGAACAAUCGUAAAACUUCGAGCGGAGCUUAAUUCUCUUCGCAGACAGACAAAACCUAAGAAACGCCCAACGAGGAGUCAACGAACUUCGACUCGUGAAGAUGGAUAUUUGAAGGACAAAAGUGUCAAAACGUCACUCGUGGCAGAUACGGCUAGUCCUACAAUAGAAAGGACGUCGAUCAGUGAUCAAAAACCGAAAGGUCGUUCCGAGCAAGAAAUCAGCGGAAAUGGCAAAGCGACAGAGACGCCUUCGUAUUUAUCGCGUUCGGCACUCAAACUACAGAUUCGGACAAACGUAUCACGUUACUUUGAGGACAAUGAUGCUUCCGGAUCAUCAUGCCCUGCCAUCGUGGGUAUGACCGAUAAGGAUCUUGUGCCUCCUGAAGAUGGAAACGAUAAUAGUCUCAGCGGAAAUGACCUUGAUGGUAAUAGUGUCCAGGUAACACAAUACAAAGAUGAAGAAGUGACAGGUACCUUCCAGAUGAGCUCCGACCUGCAAAAUAUUAAGUCAGGAAGUAAAAGUGUUACAACAAUUGUGGCAAAGGACGCAGAUGUCAUAAGCGAAUUAUUGCGGAGCAUUGUCUGUCGAGUGGCAUAUAGGUCUCCGAGCCCCUAUUAUGUGUUAUAGUGCGGAUAUGAUGACAGAUGAUUAA